ACGCCCCGCAACACCAGAGUCCUCACGCUGCGUUGAAUCUAGAUUGAGGUAUCUGGUCUUUUCUAAACGUCAAACUAUUCAAAAUGGUAGAAAAUACCACCACAAAAUCGGUUCACACGAUCGUCCUUGACGCCGGUCCCAUCCUUAAGAAUAACCCCCCGCUUUCUACCUUACUGUCAAGAUGCGAAGAACUCGUUACCACGCCCUCUGUUGUCGCUGAAAUCCGUGAUCCCGAUGCGCGCCAGCGACUUGAAACGAUGUACCUACCGUUCCUCAAACAACGCACCCCGUCUCCCAAAAGUUUCGCUGUGCUGAGCGAGUUCGCGAAAAAAACCGGCGACAGGGCCGUGCUGAGCAGGACCGAUAUCGAGGUCUUGGCUCUAGCAUAUGAGCUUGAGUGCGAAAGGAACGGUGGAGAUUGGCGACUGCGUAGCGUGCCCGGACAGAAGCGAGUGAACGGCAAACCUCCUGUGAAGCCGGUCGAACAGCAAGGGGGACAGCAACCCGAAGGUACUGCGACAACGGACGAGAUUGCUGAAGACCCCGCAGUGAAGGAGGUCACUGAAGACCUAAAGGCCACGACACUUGAGACCAAGGAGGACGAGUCUAACACUGAGCAUCCGAGGGGGGCGGAACCCGAAGCAGCAGAAGAUAAUCAGGCGGCUGAUUUGGCCGUUCAAGAUUCUCAAGAUGAAGAUGAGGCCGGAGAGGUGGAAGACGGAGCAGCCUCUGAGUCAGAUGGCGGCGAGUGGAUUACCCCGUCAAACCUGAAGAAGCGACAAGCCCGCGACGAAGUUGGCGACGCGACCGCCGCUUCUGAGGUCAAGGUAAUGCAAGUUGCUACAAUGACAACCGAUUUUGCGUGUCAAAACGUGCUGCUACAAAUGAACCUUAACCUCUUAUCCACAGCUACACUGCAAAGAAUUUCACACUUGAAGUCUUUCAUCAAACGCUGCCAUGCCUGCUUUUCUACGACUAAGGAUAUGAACAAACAGUUCUGCCCACGAUGUGGCGGAGAUACUCUCACGCGUGUAUCCUGCACAACCGAUUCUAGCGGGCAGUUCAAGAUGCAUUUGAAGAAAAACAUGCAGUGGAACAACAGAGGAAAUGUGUUUAGCGUUCCUAAGCCUGUCCAUGGCAGCGCCAGCGGGAAGUGGAAGGGUGGUGGUGGUAAAGGCGGCUGGGGCACAGAGCUGAUUUUCGCCGAAGAUCAAAAGGAGUAUGUCCGGGCCACCGCGGAACAAAGUCGGAAGCUUCGUCGGGAACGAGACCUGAUGGAUGAAGAUUACCUUCCGGGCAUCCUCACUGGGGAACGAAACAAGCAGACCGGUCGUAUUAGGGUUGGAGCCGGUAGGCAUGUCAACUCCAGGAAGCGGUGAUACUCUUCUUCCCUUUAAAUGCAUUAUGUGGAACGGAGUUUGGUGCACAAAAGUUAUGAUAGUCUCCGGGUAUAAUUAGGGUUAUAUUUAUGAUGUGAAUGACUCAUAGACUAUAUAGCCAGAAGCAAUGACAAUGUCUGUUUACGUA